AUGUACGGUAGAGAUCCGUGGGGUGGUCCGUUGGAGAUCAAUGCGACGGACUCCGCCACGGAGGAGGAGCGGAGCCGGAACCUGCAGGACUUGGACAGGGCGGCGCUGUCGCGUCCCUUGGAUGAGACGCAGCAGAGUUGGCUUCUCGGCCCCGGCGAACAGAAGAAGAAGAAGUACGUCGAUCUCGGCUGCAUCAUCGUCAGCCGCAAGAUCUUCGUCUGGACUGUCGGCACCGUUCUCUGCGCCGCAUUUCUCACCGGAUUCAUCGCGCUCAUUGUCAACACCGUCCCUCGCCACCACCACAAACACCCCCCUCCCGACAACUACACGCUCGCCCUCCACAAGGCGCUCAUGUUCUUCAACGCCCAAAAAUCGGGGAAGUUGCCGAAGCAUAACAAUGUUUCUUGGAGGGGGAACUCGGGUAUGCAAGAUGGGAAGUCUGCUGGAACGUCUUCGGCGAUUAAGGAUCUGGUGGGUGGGUACUAUGAUGCCGGGGAUGCUAUCAAGUUUAACUUUCCUGCUUCGUUUUCCAUUACUAUGUUGAGUUGGAGUGUGAUUGAAUAUAGUGCAAAGUAUGAGGCUGCUGGAGAGCUUGAUCAUGUUAAGGAGAUCAUUAAGUGGGGUACUGAUUAUUUUCUCAAGAGUUUCAAUAGUACUGCUGACACCAUCACCACCCUUGCUGCUCAGGUUGGGGUUGGAGAUACUUCUGGUGGGAGUACAACUCCCAACGAUCACUAUUGCUGGAUGCGUCCGGAGGACAUUGACUAUGACCGCCCUGUCACUGAAUGCCACAGUUGUUCAGAUCUUGCCGCUGAGAUGGCUGCUGCCUUGGCUUCUGCUUCCAUUGUUUUCAAGGACAACAAGGCCUAUUCGAAGAAACUGGUGCAUGGUGCAACCACGCUCUUCAAGUUUUCGAGGGAGCAGAGAGGCAGGUACAGUGGUGGGAGUUCGGAGGCUGCGAUAUUUUACAACUCAACCAGUUACUGGGAUGAGUUUGUUUGGGGAGGCGCUUGGAUGUACUUUGCCACUGGAAAUUCAUCAUACCUUAAGCUUGCUACUGCUCCUGGCCUGGCCAAGCAUGCUGGUGCUUUCUGGGGAGGCUCUGAUUAUGGGGUACUCAGCUGGGAUAACAAACUCGCUGGUGCUCAGGUUCUUCUGAGUCGUUUGAGGUUGUUCUUGAGUCCUGGCUAUCCAUAUGAAGAAAUUUUGAGGACCUUUCACAAUCAGACAAGCAUAAUCAUGUGCUCCUAUCUACCAGUUUUCACGAGCUUUAAUAGAACCAAAGGUGGCUUGAUUCAAUUAAACCAUGGUAGGCCUCAGCCUCUGCAAUAUGUUGUCAAUGCUGCCUUUUUGGCUGCCCUAUACAGUGAUUAUCUUGAUGCUGCUGAUACACCUGGAUGGUAUUGUGGACCUAAUUUCUUUUCCACUGAUGUGCUCCGUAACUUUGCCAAGACCCAGAUUGAUUAUAUUCUUGGGAAUAAUCCGAGGAAAAUGAGCUAUAUUGUAGGUUUUGGUAAUCAUUAUCCAAAACAUGUCCACCAUAGAGGUGCAUCUAUUCCAAAGAACAAGGUCAAGUAUAACUGUAAAGGUGGAUGGAAAUGGAGGGAUUCUUCCAAGCCAAACCCAAAUACGAUUGUCGGUGCCAUGGUUGCUGGUCCUGACAAGCAUGAUGGCUUCCACGAUGUUCGUACAAACUACAAUUACACAGAGCCAACUCUUGCUGGAAAUGCUGGUUUAGUUGCGGCACUAGUUGCAUUGUCCGGUGACAAAAGCACAUCAAUUGACAAAAAUACCAUUUUCUCUGCUGUUCCCCCUAUGUUUCCCACACCACCCCCACCUCCAGCGCCAUGGAAACCAUAA